AUGUCGUCAGGACAUAAUGAUCCGAAGCUUCUCUAUGCUAUCAACGGCAUCAACGCAUACCAUCUCGAGAAUGGCAACGAAGAGUGCCUUACGCCCGCUGGCGGCCAGACACUGUCUUUAUUGAUGGUACCAACUUCAUCGCCAUUCUCAGGACUUUCUUCUGCAGAUCCUCAGUCUGCCGCGCCAGAGGAAGACUUCUAUCUACAUCUCCAUCUCCCUCCCGAGCUCGACCUUCCUUUACCUGCAACUACACAGAUAUACCAUCAGCCACCGAGCAGCUAUCUCAUUCCACGUUGGGACCUGGGUCCUGAAAGUGGCGCUUUCACAAGAAUAGAGUUCCCAGGUGUCGGAAAAGGCAAAGGAACCCAGGAAGAUGUCGAUACUUUUGAAACGAUUCUUGCGCAAUGUACAGCUUUCCUGGAGCGAGCCUCGCCACCCAAGGCCGCGCGACCUAAGGUCUCGAGAACCAAGAGUGGUAAGGAGCUACCAAUUCCUCCAUACGACCCAUCGGCAUUCAAGCCAGGAGAGGCAUAUGUGCCAGGUAGCUCUAGCUCUCAUACUGGUGGUCAAAUUGUUCUCAUAGACGAGGAGAAUGGAAGCGUUGUGGGUGAACUGGGAGAGGGCUUCCAGGUGGUAGAGGAUAGUAAGAUGAAGCCUGGAUCUAAAGAUCCUGUCAUGAUCUCCCUGCCUCAAGACGGAUCUCAGAAUAUUGGCGUCGCACCUGCAUCCCAAGAAUAUCUCGAGAUGGCCAUGCACCCUGCAUACAAGAACUCCACCUUGGUUUCAAAGGCAGCUAUGGCCUCUCGCCUGAUUGUCACAACAUCCACCUACGUUUCCAAGACCCUGCAAACCCAAGCCGAUAACUUCACCCAAAAGACCAAGCCUAAUGCGAAACCCAUGACUUUUGAUGCUACGACCCAGACACGCGUCCGCAAGGUACACACUUUUACCGAAGGAGCAGCCGGUUUGAGUGCUAAGACUGUGGGACAAGUCAGCAAGUAUGCGCAGAAUAUUGGCGCAACACUUGCAAAGCGCGGGGAGAAAAGUCACAAUAAAGGUAUUGGUCCAGAUGGCCAGCCAGUCAGCGAUUACAAGCCUGGUCUUUUGAACAAGAGCUUGAUGGCCUUCUCUACUAUUGCAGACGGAAUCGACCAAGCUGGCCGGACCCUAUUGGCCUCCACCUCUUCUGCCGCAACAACUGUUGUUACCCACAAGUACGGUGCAGAAGCAGGUGAGAUCUCCAAGAGCAUUGGUGGAGGUGUCAAGAAUGUUGGUUUGGUUUACAUUGAUGCUACGGGCGUAUCGAGAAGGGCUAUUGUCAAAUCUGUAGCCAAAGGCAUGGUAGUCGGGAAGAUGAAGGGAGGUGGAGAUUUGGUUGUCGGUGGAGGUGACGGCGGCGUUGUUCCAGCACCACAAAACUCAGCUGCCAACUGGAAAGAGAAAGAGGCUGCACAGGGCCGUUACACAGACGAUUUGAGCAUGAGUGGUGGAAGUAGCACGCCCGACUUGGUUGGCUAUGGAAGAGCGGCUCCUCCAGCUUAUGCUACAGGACCUGGCGAGACCCUAGAGGGACAGAAAGCUUACCUGCCUGAUCAGAAGCGAUGA